GGCACCGACGUGCAGCACCGAAGCAGAGUCCCGAAAGGCGGCGGGCCCGGAGCAUGGCGCGGGAGCUGAGCCAGGAGGCCGUGCUGGACUUCCUCUGGGGGGCCGGGGGCAGAGCCCCCAACACGGAGCUGCUCCGCCACUUCCAGCGCUUCCUCCGCGAUCCGACGCUGACGGAUGAGCAGCGGCGGGAGCGGCGGGAAUAUUUCAAGACCCUCGUCAAUUCCUUGGCCACCGUCCACCCCGCCGCCGUCCCCGGCGCCUCCAAGGACAUCGUCCUCCGCCGCAGGUACCGCGACCUUCUCGAUGAGGACCUGGCGCCGGCGGCAGAGGAUCGGCAGGAGGAGGAGGAGGAGGAAGAGAAGGACCCGCUGCCGCCGCCCCGACGCGACCCGGACCGGCGGCGGGGGUCCCCAGGGGAGGGGGCGGAGAAGGGGCGGCCCGGCGUGGGGCAGCUCCCGGGGGCCGCCGUCGCGGGGGGCUGUGCCGCCCGGGGUCGCGGCGGACCCUGCUGCGAGUGCCGCCGGGCUCGCCGCGCCGCUGCCGCUCCGCCGCCUGGCCCCGGGGCUCCGCUCCCCGCCGGGCCGUCCCGCUCCCCGCCGCCCCCCGCCCGCCCGCCCCCAUACCGGACCCGACCGCUCUCCUCGGCGCCCUGGGCUCUGCACCUCGAAGGGCCGCCCCGCACCCGGCCCCCGGAGCUACCGUCGGGGCCUGGGGCGCUCACAUCCGCGGGGCUGCCACCGCCCCGAUCGUCGCCGCUGCCUCCCGCCGGGUCGCCCCCUUUCCAGACCCUGCAGCCGCCCUCUGCCAGACCGGCCCGGCCCCGCUCCCCACCGCUGCCACCGGGGUCCGACGGGUCAGCCCCUUUCGAGUCCCUGCCACCGCAACACCCGAGAGGGCCUCCCCCAGCCCAGUCCCUGCCAUCGGGCCCCGGGGGGUUGUCCACCGACCGGCUGCCUCAGCCCCGGUCUCUGCUGCAGCCCCCCACCAGGAUGUCCUUAUUGAAGGCCCCAGCACCUUCAGCAGGUCCAGGGGGGCGAGCCCCCACCAGACUAUCCCAGUCCCCUUUGCUGUCAUCGGGUCCCAGGGUGCCGUCCCCCACCGGGCCGCCCCAGUUCCGGUCCCUGCUGUGUUCCCCGGGGGUGCUGCCCCUGUCCCGCUCCCUGCAGACGCUCCCUGACAGCCCCUCCCCGUCCCCCCUGCUUGUAGCCGGCCCAGAUGUGCUGCGUUCCACCAGGCUGCUCCCAGCACAGUCCAGGUCCCUGCAGCAACUACCCACCAGCCCAGCCCUUUCCCCAUCAAGGAGAUUCCGGCUGCUGACUCCCAACAGACCAACCCAACCUCAAGCCCUGUCACUGCCAUCAGGUCCUGGGGUGCUGCCUGCCACCAUGGCACACCCAUCCCGAUCCCCAUCACAAUCCCCCACCCAGCCAUCCCCUGCCACACCACCCCCAUCCCAGUCCCUGCAGCCACCCCCUGCCAAACCACCCCCAUCCCAGUCCUUGCAGCCACCCCCUGCUACACCACCCCCAUCCCAGUCCCUGCUGCCAUCCCAGGGCCCUGCAAAGCCCCAAGCCCCAUCCAGCAGCCUCCCAGCACCACUGCCUGUCUUCAGGAGCAUCAGGUGCCAGCUUGCCUUGCCGGAUGAGCAGGACAUCCCCGCAUCCCUGUCACCAGAUGACUGCGGGACGCAGCCCCGCACUCUGCCCUCCAAGAGCUCCCCUCGGAACUCCCCGAGCCGGGUGCCGGCGGUACCGCUGGGGCAGCGGGAGCACGCCUGGCUGGUGGCGGUGUCUGCGGGGCGCUGGGCGAGGGUGCGGGGGCUGUUCCUGGAGGAGCCGGAGCUGGCCCUGCAGAAGGACUUCAUGUCGGGUUUCACCGUCCUGCACUGGCUGGCCAAGCACGGGGACGGGACGGGCCUGCAGGAGCUGGCGGCAGCGGCGCGGCAGGCUGGGCUGGCCCUGGACGUGGACGCCCGCACGGGUUGCGGGUACACUCCGCUGCACCUGGCUGCCAUCCACGGCCACCAGCUUGUCAUCAAGGUGCUGGUGCUGCAGCUGGGCUGCCAGGUGCAGGUGCGGGACAGCAGCGGGCGCCGGCCCUGGGAGUACCUGGGCAGCUCCACCUCGGGGGAGAUCUGGCAGCUCCUGGAGGCACCCCGAGGGACCAUUAUGUUCCCCACGCAGCCCCUGGACCUCAGCGUGUCCUCUGCCAGCAAGGGAUCGCUGUCGGCUGGCAGGGCAGCGCUACCCGCAUGCCUCAGGCUCCAGCACGGCCGCAAGGCAGCGUCCCAGCCGGCGGACAGCGAGGGGGACUGAGAUGAGCUCCCCGGCAUCCCUGGCAUCCCCUGGUGGGACCUCGGUGGCCAUCCCGCGAGAGGAAGCCAGGCAGGCAGAAGAAAAUACUGUGAGACCGACAGACUGAGCCUCUCGAAGAAUGUACUUUUAAAUUAACCCAAUGAACCGUUGUUUGAUACCUCUCUGCCCUCUCUCCCUCUCGUUUCUUGCUUUUCUACCAGAGAGAGGAUUUGACGACUGCUGGAAGCUGGCAGAACCCUUGGUGGGCAGGUCCCAGGCACCCCACGGUCACCAGCGUUAGUGGGACCAUGG